AUAGUUUUUCAAUGUUAACUCUCAAGGUGUAAACUCACUUGCAAUUUCCCUUUGUUAUUUGUUAAUAAAUUGAUUUAUUUUGAAAUAAAUUUAAAUAAAAUACAGAAAUGGCGUCACCAUCAACAUCUGCCACAACAACAGCAGCCACGACAGUGGCCACCCCAGCGGCAGCCACAGUAGCGUCACCAUUCUACGAAGAUGAUGGGGAGAUAGUGUUGAAAGUUUCGCACGACUUCAUGAAGUUUCCACUCGGUUUUGUGGUCGAUGCCGGUGGUUCCGUUACGAAAGUCGUCUACAGGUCGAAGAAGGAUUACAAAGCAGGCCAGCUAAUCAAGCCUUCAGAACAUGGCUUACUACGUCUCAGAUAUUUCAAAAUGUCCGACAUAUUUCAAAUCAUCGAUUUUUUGAAAGACCACUGUGACGUCAUUUCGACCGGAAAAGGAAGUGGAUACGAACAGGCCACGUGGCAUAUGACUGGUGUUACAGCACAGCAUUUUAAAGCGAAACUUGAAGAAGAAUUUGAAAUAAAAACGAGUCUUUGCUCUGAAAUGAUGGCUCUGCAAAACAGUUUGAAACUGAUGCCGGAGCUCCAACUCGGCUUCUACGGCAUGAACAUGGAGUCUCAUCUUUUCGCGGCGAAAAGAGUUCGUGCAAUCGCACAGGCUGUCAGUAAAUUCGUGGAGUUAGGAGAUACGACCCUGGAAAAUUAUGAUGUCAGCAGAAUAUUGGAUGGAAAUGGAGUUAGCGAGGAUCUGGAGAAAUUGGUGAUUUCUCAAUCAGGACCGCCUGAAAUGGAAGGGGCAAUUUUUGAGUUGAUGAUAUCGUCUGAUGAUGCAAAAUGGGCCGAGAAAUAUUUGGGAAGUUUGACUAAUGAGUUGGUUGUUCCGUCAAUUUUGACGUUGUUUGGAUCUGCUGCUGUCACUUUGUUGGUAAGCAAGGAUUAUAAACUGAAAGGUGUGGACUUCACAUCGGUAGCUGGCAAAACUUUGACCGGCCUAUCCGAAGAGCUCUGUGGUGAAAAAGAUUUUGAAAAGUUCAUGGAGAUGGCAUCCAGAGGGGACUUGAACAAAGUAACAACACUGGUUGGAGAUCUCAAGAAUGAGAAGCACACGGAAGAUGAUUGGUACUCCUGGUUCCCAGAGGAAUAUCCCGCCUUCGAACUGGGGAAGUUGUCAUCCGUCAACGUUAAAGGAAAAGGCACAUAUUCGAAAGAGGAUUUGGCAGCCGGAAUCCUAAACGUUCAAGUAGCUAGCAUAGCAAAGACGGCCCUCCACAACUGCCUCAUUCACAAGGUAGACCACGCAUACUUCGCUGGCUCGCUCAUGAAGUAUGAAGUGGCCAGGAAGAUGAUCAGCAAACAUUUCUUAUCAGAUUGUUUCAUGCUAGCCAUGGAAGGGGGUCCCAUAUUGAAGCCAUUCUUCAUACGCCAGCCUGGCUUCCUGGUGGCAGUUGGAGUUUGGGCGGCGAACGUGGAAGUUACGAAAAAUUUGGAAAAAAAAUAACACCAAGAAUGUCAAAAUUUUCAUAAAAUUCAACUUUUCUGCACUCAACUUUACAAAAGGAGCUUCAGUGCUUCAAAAUUAUCGUGAAUCAUAACUUUUUAUACCAAAUUAUAACGGAAUGAAAUGUUGCCACAAGAAGUUGUUGUGAAAGUUAUAAAAGAUGAAUGAGUGAGUGAGUGAAUGAAUGAGUAAAUAAGUGAAAAUUGAAUGACUGUGUAGAUAAAAGAAUGAAUGAACACUUCACACACUGAAUCGCAACCUAAUUUCCAAAUUCUAAAUAUAUAUGAGAGUACAUGUGUGUGUGUGUGUAUGUGUGGGCGAUCAUUGUUAACACCGACCAUCGUUAUAAUCAUGUGAAAAGGUAUCAAGCCAACAAUGUUCACACAACAAACAUACGAAGAACAUACGUACAUACACACGCACACACACACGCACACACACGCACACAUACUCAUCAACAAUCAUUCUACUAAUCCUUUAUAACAGUUAUGAUGAAGAGAUUUUUAAUUUUUAAAUAAUAUAAACAGAUUAAUUAUAAUUAAUAUUUAUAGUAAAUAAGAAAAGUUUAGAGAGUAAUAAAAGCCAAAUCAUAAGAAUUUUUAUUGUCAGGUUAUUAAAAAAGCUCUCAGGAUUUCACAACAGCCCAACUAAACAAUCACGAAAGCACUUGUUAUUUUAAUCUUAAGACUCUGAAAAAAGCUUUAAGAAGCUGUCUGCAAAUAAGUACAACACACAUACACGCACCACACAAACACACUUUCAGACAAAUUACUCAAUCCAUCAAUCGUAUUUUGUCUGUCUGGGAUGACCUCAUCAAACGCAUGCUUGCUACCGUGUAUGUAUGUAUGUGUGUAUGCGAAUGUAUGUGUGUAUGCGUAUGUAUGUGUGUAUGCGUAUGUAUGUGUGUAUGCGUAUGUAUGUGUGU